ACAACUUUGACACUUGUUGUUUUCUUUGUUCACAAUGCAGCAGCCGCAGCAGCAGGCGACGUUGCUCCCACUGUCCGGCGGCGGGGGUGUGGCGGUCUCAUCGGUGGGCCCCACAGCAGACCCAGAGAAGCGCAAGCUGAUCCAGCAGCAGCUGGUCCUGCUGCUGCACGCUCACAAGUGCCAGCGACGGGAGCAGGCCAAUGGGGAGGUGAGGGCCUGCGCCCUGCCGCACUGCCGCACCAUGAAGAACGUCCUCAACCACAUGACCCACUGCCAGGCCGGGAAGUCCUGCCAGGUGGCACACUGUGCGUCGUCCAGACAGAUCAUCUCGCACUGGAAAAACUGCACGAGACACGACUGUCCUGUCUGCCUGCCGCUGAAGAACGCCAGCGACAAGCGCACCCAGCAAACCAUGCUAGGCUCCCCCAAUGCGAGCCUCCAGAACGCCAUGUCUUCCGUUGGUGUGGGCCAGCCCAGUACUCCCACCAUCAAUACCUCAACCCCCAUAGACCCCAGCUCCAUGCAGAGAGCGUACGAGGCACUUGGGCUGCCCUACAGCAGCCAGACCACUGGGCAAGCCCGGGGGGCCGCGGGCCAGACUGGAGGCACACCCAACACACAGCAACAGCAGCUCCCGCAGAUGAGACCCAUCAAUGCACUUGGUAACCAGAUGGCUCUUGGAGGCGGGACUCUGGGCGUGACCACUUCAGAUCAGACGAACCUGAACACAGACGCCCUCCCCAACACACUCAACACUAACAAUCAGCUGCUGUCAGACGGGUCCUCUGUGGGUUCGCUGGGUAACCUUCCCACAGCAGCACCCAUCUCUGCCACAGGCACCAGGAAAUCCUGGCACGAGCACGUCACUCAGGACCUGAGAAAUCACCUCGUGCACAAACUAGUACAAGCCAUAUUCCCCACGCCUGACCCGGCAGCUUUGAAGGACAGACGAAUGGAGAACCUAGUGGCUUACGCCAGGAAGGUGGAGGGGGACAUGUACGAGUCCGCUAACAGCCGGGAUGAAUACUAUCACUUCCUGGCUGAGAAAAUCUAUAAAAUCCAAAAGGAGCUGGAGGAGAAGCGGCGCUCCAGGCUACAGAAGCAGAUCAUCAACCAGGCUCCUCUGGCCGCCCAGGGGAACCAGCAGCCCGGCCUCCCCCAGCCCAAUGCCUUCAGCCCAAGGCCACAGAAUGGGCCUGUUCCUCUGCCCAACAUGCCAAAUCAAAUCAUGAAUCGCAUGCAGGUUUCACAAGGAAUCAACCAGUUCAACCACCUCGCUCUGCCCAACGCCCAGAUAUCCCAGACACCAAUGGGAGCCCGAGCCGCCUCACCCAUGAACCACCCACAGCAGAUGAACAUGAGCUCCGUCCCAGCAAUGGGCAUGUCCCCCUCCAGGAUGCCCCAGGCUCAGGGCAUGAUAGCGGCACAUGGCGGUGCUAACAUGGUCGGCCAGACGGCUAGCCAGGGACAGUUCCUGGCUCAGACCCAGUUCCCUCCAGGAUCAACUGCAGUCGCUGCAACGGGGGCCUUGAAUGUCACCGUGGGGCCCGGCAUGGGCCAGCCACCUGCACAGGCUGCCGUCACCCAGCAGCAGCAGGGCGCUAACCUCCCCAUGAAUGCACUUGGCCCCUCGAUGGGCUCUCAGCUAGCCUCCUCCCAAACCCCCUUGCACACCACGCCUCCUCCUGCCGCCUCCACGGCUGGGGGGGCCACUAACCUGCCACACCCCCAGCCCUCCAGCCGCAGCUCCACCCCAAACCUCCCUGGCCCCGCCCCAGCCCCGG